AUGGCUCGAGGACGACUCCCUCUCCAGCUCCUGCGGCGAGCUCCCGCGCACGCUAGGAGGUUUGGGACGCAGCGCGACGACGAGAGCAGCCGGACAGGUGCCGAGAAGGAUGCGAGGGAAGGCGCCCAGAAAGAUGCCGUGGCAGAUGCGGCCACGGACACUGCCAACGAUGACAUCUUGUCGCACAAGGCGAUAGUGGACGAGGCCUCGAAUUCCUCACAGUCCCAGUCCUCGGGUUCCGGCGAGACGAGCGAAAUAAAAGACUGGGAGGCGAACCCGAACUGGAAGAUUGAGUCGUUCAAGGACCUGCCUCACGCCAACUUCGGCGUCAACCAGCAUAUUCCCUUCGACCCCGAGUUCAAGGAUGUACUGAAGCAGAUUCCCUGGCAGUUCCGAGCGCCAAUCCGUUAUGCGUUCGCGUACGGGUCCGGCGUGUUCCCCCAGUCCAAGGCCAAUGGCAAAACCGCCUCAGCUGAAAUAAUCCGCUCCAUCCACCCCAUCGCGCCGCCCGCCGUGCAACGGGCCCAGGACGGCACGCCCAAGAUGAUUGACUUCAUCUUUGGUGUCUCGCACACGCAGCACUGGCACUCGCUCAACAUGAAGCAACACCACGACCACUACUCGUCUCUCGCGAGCCUGGGGUCCGGAGCCGUUUCCUACGUGCAAGACAAGUGGGGUGCUGGAGUGUACUUUAACCCCUACGUCGUUGUGAACGGGAUUCUGAUCAAGUACGGAGUCGUUCAGUUGAGCACACUAGAACAGGACUUGACGCAAUGGGACACGCUCUACCUAGCCGGGCGACUGCAAAAACCCGUCAAGAUAUUACGAGACGACCCCAAGAUCAGACUAGCGAACCAGAUGAACCUCCUCUCGGCGCUACGGACGGCUCUAUUGCUCCUGCCACCUAACUUCACAGAAGAGGAACUGUACGGGACCAUCGCCGGGAUCAGCUACCUUGGAGAUCCGCGAAUGGCUCUCCCAACUGAAAACCCGAGCAAGGUAAAGAACAUCGUGGGCAACAACAUGGCCAACUUCCGGCGGUUGUACCUCCCGCUGAUCGAGACGCUCCCGAACGUCGAGUUCAACGACCCGGCUGCUAGCGACAAAGACUGGAUUCGGGGCGAGGCAAGUCUGAAGCUCGUCCAGGAUAUGGACCCGGUCAAGCGCGGCAACAUGGUGCGGCGGCUGCCCAAGUCGUUCCGGUCACGCCUCUACUUCCAGUACCAGAAGAAGUUUGCCAUCCCGCAGGUGGACUUUGACAAGAUGAUGUCGGAGAGCAAGAACGAGGAUGCCAUCUCGUUCAAGCGGCGAGAGGGCGGCGGCUUUGAGCAGCGAAUCGCCCAAGACGACACGGCAGAGCUCCGCCGCUACAUCAGGACUGUGAUCAAGCAGACGAUUGGCUGGCCGGCGACGACUCAGUCUCUGAAAGGGCCUCUGACUAGCGGGUUCCGUCGAACGUGGCGGUACAUGAGCGAGAAAAUUGGGAAGUACUGGGAGGGCCGCGCGGCCGAAAAGGCUGAGAAGGCUGCCAAGGACGAGGAGGUGGCCUCAGCCUCGGGGACUGGCAAGUCGGGCGAGGAAAAGAGGUGA